UAAUCUCGUCUUCCUCUUACUCUGUUAAUCCAAUCUUUUCUCUCUCUCUCUGUCUCGCAUUCUUUUAGUUUUCCUGAGCGAUGGAUCGGAGAGGUGUGCUAACGUUCGCAUUGAUCUGCAUUGUGGUUGCCGGCGUCGGAGGUCAAUCAACUCCUGCCGCCGCGCCAUCAACAACCCCAGCCGCUACUACGCCAGCUGCAGCACCUUCCAAGCCUAAAUCACCGGCUCCGGUCGCAUCGCCGACAUCAACUCCACCGGCUUCAACUCCAGCUUCGGCUCCACCGAAGCCUGCUGCACCAGCUCCGGUGGCUAAAGCUCCUGCGUCUUCUCCACCGGCGGCUACUCCAGUGACCUCACCGCCUGCAGCGGUUCCCGUGAGCUCUCCACCAGCUUCAACUCCGGUUAAAUCUCCACCUUCUCCGGCUCCAGUGAGCUCUCCACCUGCAGCAGUUCCAGUGAGCGCACCGACGAAAUCUCCUCCGGCACCUGCACCGACAACUCCACCUGUGAGCUCUUCUCCUCCGGCACCGGUUGCCGCUCCGACGGCUGAGGUUCCAGCUCCUGCUCCGAGCAAGAAGAAGACGAAGAAGCAUAAAUCUCAUGCUCCUGCACCAGCUCCAGAGUUGCUGGGUCCACCUGCUCCACCAGCUGAAGCCCCUGGACCAAGCUCUGAAGAGACAGCGCCUUCUCCUGCUCUUGCAGACGAGAGUGGAGCAGAGUCUAUCAGGGGAGUGCAGAAGUUGGUGGGAGGCAUUGCAUUGGGAUGGGCUUUGCUGGCUUUGAUCCUCUAGAGAGAAGACAGACAGAGACAGACGACGAUGGGUUCAUUAUUGUGUUUAUUAUUUUAAUCUUUUUCUCCUCUCUAUGUUCUUGUUAAUUAUCAGUACGGCCUUACCAAAUUGAUAUUUGUUUUACCAUUUUGUUUUUUGUUUUUUUAUUUUUUUCAUAAAACUAUAUGGUGGAUUGAUUCAUUUUGGUAUAUUACCGAUUUACCAUAUUUUCCUA